UCAGAUGGGGUAAGUAAUGUAAAAGACAUUAAAUAUGAUCUUGUCCCAAUGCUGGAACCAAUAAGUCUAUCAUACGCCGCGCUAAUUGCCAGGCAAAUUUCUACACUUUCUCCAGUGUAUUUCAGUACCUACUUGUUGAGCAUACUCAGGUGUGGAUUGUCACUUCAGUUCAAUGAAUACCCUUCUUGAUUGAUUCUAUGUUGAGUCUUUGUAUGGCUGAUGAUUACCGCAAAAGGAUUGUUCACAACAUGGUCUAAUCAAUCACAAAGGGGGUAUCUUCACUAAGACUGCACAGUAACGAGCAGUAGAAGUUUCUAAAGUUCUCUAAAUUUUCUGGCAACUGGUGCCCCCAAUGAGGUAUAUAUGGUCAUCUAAUCGGCCACAAGGUACAGAAACUGGGAAUAGAUUGCAAACCAGCAACGAGACACUACAUACAUGUUCUAAAUUUCUGCACUGUCGAGUGUGGCUAGCAAAAGCCAUAGAUAGUUCUACACAUUGAGUUACAUAUCCUAUCUCUAUCAUGACACCUGAAACCGAGAUGAGACAGUCUCGUGGACUAAAUGGCUUGCCAACUGAGCUGAUCGAUAUGAUUGUUACCUAUCUCGACGCUCCAUCGUUAGGACAACUCGCUAGCACCUGUCGAAGGUUCAGCAAAAUAUUACGCUCCUUACUGCCCAAGGCUGCCAAGGGCUAUGCUUUGGCCAAUGAAGAGGACUACACUCAAUAUCUCACGAGAUACUUAGGAGCAUAUAUUCCCGAAUGCCCAUUCAUUUAUCGGUUCCAAAGGUCCGGAUACAGGAUCAAUCUCCCACGCCAGCCACUUGCAGAUGCCAUCGAGAAAGGUAGAAUCAACGCUGUCAAAGGGUUUCUCGAUGCAGGGGUCAGCCCGAACUCCCAUGACGUGACUGGAAUUAGCAUGCUGGGUAUUGCAAUUGGUUUCCGGCAUACCCAGAUUGUGGAACUCUUUCUUGAAAGAGGCGCCAGUUUGGAGCUGUAUCGGUUGCUGCCUCAGCCCAAGAUGAUCUGUAUUAUACCUUACUGUAACCUCGAAUCGCUCAAACUCAUUGUGGAUAAGGUCGACUUGAGCCAUAUGUGUGGUGAGGGUGGAUCUGUGCUUCAUCAAGCCAUACGGAAUGACGAGCCAGAUGUGCUAGAGCUUUUGGUGGAAAAGUAUGCCCAUCUGCUCUCUCUGCAGGACUUUAAAGGUGAAACGGCUCUUUUUCGAGCGGCUCGACUCUGGGAGAACCGGAAUCGUCAGACCGUUAUGGUUCGUAUACUGAUUGAGGCCGGCAUUGAUAUGAACAUCAGAAACGCUCAGAAUGAGACUGCCUUCCAUAAAGCUUGCUCUCAUGGCUCCUAUGAAGUUGUUCAGUUUCUUCUAGAGCGCGGAAUCGAGACAAACAUCCCAGGGGAAAGUGGAAUGACCGAGCUACACUACGCAGCCCGAGACAAUUCGGCUGAAGUUGUAAAUCUUCUACUUUCUCAAGACACAUUCAAUCUUCAUGUAUUCGCUAAUAAUGGCGAAACGCCGCUGCACAUGGCAGCAAGACAGUCGACACCCGAUACUUUUGCGGUGCUGCUUGAGAACGGGGCUAUUUUACGCCUUAGAGACGCCAAUGGCCAAACACCUCUGGACAUCAUCAAGGCUAUGGGCCAUUGGAGCAUUGAGAGAUAUCUCCAAUAUGAAGACAACAAUUGAUGGCUACAGCCUUCCUUGGAUAUCUAGGCAUCUUGUUUA